AUGCUCCACGAGAUCCUCCUCUCCCUCUCCGGCCAGCCGUCGCCCCUCCUCGGUUCUCCACAGGUGGAAGACGCUAUCCCGCAAGAUGAUCUCGCCCUUCUCUCUCCCCCGGAGAAAGCCCUCCUCGGAUCGAUUGCCCGCUUGAGUGAGCUUCACGCCAAGCUACGAUCACAUACCUCCCUCAUAUCUUCCUCACAUCGCUCUGUCAUCUGCCGCUCCGUAUCUACGACUAUCGUUGCGACUCACCUCGGCGAAUUCCAGAAAAAGAUCCUCCAAGUCGAGAAGGCGAUUCUUGCGGAAGAUAGCGGUUAUGUCGAAUGGCUAUGGGAGAUUAUUACCUUCAUUCAACCGGAAACCCGCUAUUCAGGCCUUCGAUAUGGGUGCUCGGGGGCUGCACUAAUCAAUCACCUGCGCGAUGGACUGCAAACCGGAUACCUAGACAUCAAAGACAUGGCCAUUCAACUUGUGACCGCAGCAGAAACGGCAUGGAUGAAACAGCUCUCCAUGUGGCUGUUAUAUGGUAAAUUGCCCAUGUAUGGCAAGGAGGACUUUUUUAUCCAAGAGGAUCCCAACAGAGAGCAAGACGAUGCUCAGUUCAAGAUGCAGACGGAUUUGCUCCCGAGCUUCGUCUCUGAGCAAACAGCAGGGUCUAUUUUGUUCAUCGGCAAGUCGUUAAAUCACAUUCGUGCGAAACGAAAAACCCCCAGUGGAAUAUCAACUGCGCCAGUGAAGUUGUACCAGGAACAUAUCGAGCAGCUUUCUGGUCUCAAAUUGCCUAUAUCAUCCCCCAAGCUUUCUACUGCUGUAGACUGCAUUCGACUAUCAUUGUCCCAAUCCGCUUUAUCUAAACUGCUUCCCUUGCCCAAGAUACUCGAGAUGCUCACAUUGCUCAACGACUUUCUACUCCUCGGACGGGGGGAGUUUGCGGUGGCGCUUGUUGCACAUGCUGAUUCUAGAAUUGAGGAAAGUCGGCGACGCGGUGCACUAGCUCGGAUUCAGCAGUCGGGUGCAUUGGACAGCUUUCUUAUCAAGGAAGGGGAUGUGGUGACUUCGUUGGCCCAUGCAUGGGCUGAACUGUUCUCCCUACAAAAAGAAGAGGAUCCAGCAGACGAGGGAUUAGAGCUGGCUCGCGAGCUCCUUAGGCUGUCGGUCAGUGAUGGGAGGAAUGACUGUGCUGCAACCCCAUCGUAUAGCUCCAACACUAUCCCUGAAAUUGCCAGGGUCUCAUUUGAGGACCUCCUUUUCCCUACCCCAACAUGCUUAACGGCCCAGGUACGCGCGCCCCUGGACCUGUUCCUCUCAAGUUCCGAUAUUGCAAUAUAUUCCAAGAUUCAUUCUUAUCUCCUCGGAAUUCGACGCGCCCAAAUCCGCCUCGGUGAUUUGUGGAAACGAACCUCUCUUCGCAGAACUCAUGGCAGCGCACGAAUGCCACCACGAAGCAACAAUGCCUUCUUGCAGAAUAAGCUGAGGCAGAACCGUGAGAGGACAAAUUCUCGCACGCAGCAAAUGCGACCAAUAUGGGCGACUUCCAGUGCCUGUCUAUUUGUUCUUUCGGAGAUUGGCAGCUUCUUCCAGGGCGAGGUGAUACACGAGUCCUGGCAACACCUCCGUGAAUGGAUAGAAAAGGAUAACGUAUUACCCACAUCUGCUCCUAAUUCUCGGCCUGGGACGGCGACUUCUUUCAAGGCCCCAAGAACGUCUCAGACCACUCCUCUUGAUCACCCGUCUAGCCGACCAUCAUCUCGACCAGGCACAGCGUCCAUGGGUCGACAUGACCCAGAAGCAUUGACUGUCGCACAUCGACGCCACUUAACGAGCGUCAUCCAGUCCUUAUUUUUAACAGACGUACCCUUCACCAGUGUACUUCGGACUCUCCUGACGAGUGUCGAUCGCUUCGUUGCCCUCACAAUCAGACUGGAUACCAUCCAACGAAAUAUGGAUCUAGAGACGGAUGAAGGUGUUGUGGAUGCGCUGGUAGACUACGCACAGGAAGAGCGAGAAGUUUGGCAGGAACUGAUGGAGACGCGCAAAGACGUUAAGACAGGCAUUCAGGAUCUUGUCGCGACUCUGCGGGACAUUGACGAGCGACGCUCGGGCUCAGACUACCCUGCUAGCAACGGCACAACAGGGCCAAGAAGAUGGCCUGAUGGGAGCACUGGCCCCAGCUUCAGUCACUACCAGCCGCGUAAGCCGGCAGGGGUGGACCGGCUACUCAUGAAGUUGGACUUUGGAAGUCUACGCAGCGCGGGGGGUCAGAUAAACGCACCUGGCUUGGUUGAUCUGGAAUAG